CCCGGGAAAUGUCUUCCAGACCAAAAUCAGAUUCGGUAAGCAAGCGCCGCCUUGAGUCGUCCCUGAAUCAUUUGCUCGGAGCCCAUAGCUUCCUGCUAGCUGAGGGGUUAGACGAGGAUGAAAGGGCGCCUACUUUCUUCUCAUCGAGUAUUUGCGUAAUUCUCUCCGAGUGCCCUACAAUGUAUACCGCCUUCUCCUCCUCCCGCCUCUCACACCUCUCACACCUCUCACAGUCCACUGCCGCCAGGAUUACCUCGUGUCACCUGGGACUCUUGGGAGUCGUCAGAGUUUCGCCCGUUGUUCAUCACCCCACCGCGCCAGGCUUGCGUUGCGCCUCGACCAUCCAUGAUAAUGUCCGACCGCCCAACACUCGACGAACUCUAUCCAGGGGUAAAGGGAGCCUGAGGGCGAGUCAGGGACCAGUACACGGGGACGCGUCCACUCCUCUUUUUAUGUCGACAGGCUUAAGGGUCAUCCUUUUUAUUUAGCGUCUUGGGAGGCCGUCCCGUCCCGUGCUGCUGUGCUGAGUGUUGCUAGCAGCCUUUAACUCGGGGCCUCGAUCGCCGUCGAGAAGGAUAUUCAGGAUUUUUUCUUUUUUCUUUCUGGUCGACUCCCGUAUUUGCCAAAGACAAAGUUUUCCUCCUGCGACACACACACAGAAAAAAAGAAGGGAGAAGAAGGAAAGGCAGAAAGAAAGAAAGGACAAAAGGAGACAAAAAAAAGAAGGACAAAGUUACCACCCGACCGUGAAGCGAUGAGCCUCCUCGUACGGCUCAUGGCUCAUGUAGAGCGAACGAGGACGCAAUGAGCAACGACACGAGCCCGGUAGGGGCGUUCCCCGCCCCGCCGGGCGUCAUCCCCAACUUCGAGAACCCUCGGGACGCCGGAUGGACGCUGAACGUUGCCUCGAUGAGCGUCAUGGUCGCCGUCACGACGCUGUUUAUCGGGAUCAGGACAUACGUGAAGUUCUCCUUGACAACUCCGCUCUUGCCAGAAGACUGUAUGUAUAUUCCUAUGAAGGGCCAUCGCGUCGGGGGUUGGAGGGAUGAAGACGGCCAACACAACAUUGAGACAAUUGAGACUGACCUAGACAUGUUACCAGACACAUGUGUGCUUUCGUAUGCUCUCAUCAUGUUAUACAUUGCGACGGUGUUUAUCAUGGCGCAUUACGGCGAAGGGUAUCAUGCCUGGGAGCUGACCAAAGAGUCGUACAAGGAAGUGAUGCGGUGGCUCUACGCAAGUUCCAUCGUCUACAUCCCGGCGGCCUAUUUCACAAAAGUAACGCUGCUUCUCUUUGAAGCACGCGUCUUUGAGGUCCACGAGCGGACCUCGCGCGGCAUCCGCAUCUUCAUCGUCAUCCUCCUCGUCUGCUACAUUCCCCUGCAGACGAUCAAGGUCAUCAUCUGCCUGCCGAUCUCGGCCUUUUGGGACCCCAAGACGCCGAACCCCACGUGCCUGAACCAGCGCAAGGUCUUCAUCGCCGACCUGAGCCUGGCCAUCAUCACCGACUUCGCCAUCCUCGCCAUCCCGAUCCCGCUGCUCUGGGGCCUGCGCAUGCCCCUGCGGAAGAAGCUCAAGAUCCUGACGCUCCUCGGCGCGGGGGGCAUCGCGACGGCCGUGACCGUCUUCCGCAUGUACCUCGUCGUACAGUUCCUCGGGUCCACCGACGUGACGGCCGAUUUUGUUGUGCUGGACAUUGUAACGGCACUGGAGAUUGUGAUUGGCGUCAUCUGCGCGUGUCUGCCGUCGACCAACAUCCUCUACGAACGCAUACGAAGAAACGAGCCGAAGCCGACGGGCAACCUCCCGCGAACGGCACACAAAGUCCGACCGAAGCCCACGCACUCGUCGUACAUGUGGAGCAUCAUGACAACGAAGAGGCAGACGAGAUCGACUCGCACCGAGGCCGCCAUGUCGGAGCGGGAGCCCAGCCCGAAAUACCGAACCAACUUCGAGACGGAGCUGGCGAUCCUGACCGGCCAGCCGAUGGGGACGACGGCGCCCAAAGAGGACUUGGAGGUCCAGAGCGAGCCGAACAACAACGACGACAACGGCAACGACGACGACAACAACAACAACAACAACAACAACAACAACAACAACAACAACAACAACAACAACAACAACAACAACAACAACAACAACAACAACAACAACAACAACAACAACAACAACAACAACAACAAAAACAACGACAUCGACAACGACAACAACAACACCCACGACGACUGGGUCUUCAAUCCCCGGGCGAACUCGAUCGACGGCCGACGCGAGGGGUGGCUCGCACCGGGGGCCGAGGGCUCUUCCGGCCGGGGAUCCGGGAGAGGGGGCGCACCGAACUGGCAGCGCCACGAGAUCGAGGCGAGGAAGUCCUGGGAGGCCGCCUGGGAGGGGACGGUGCCCCGGGGCCGGCUGCCGUCCAUACCGGAAGACGGCGGGCCGCCUCGGCUCGAGCUGAGGACGCACUCGUCGUCGGACUGGGGGAGCCUGAAGCACGUUUGAAAGAGAGAGCGGGCGUGUCGGGUUCUUUGGUUUUUAAACCGAGGGGGGUUUUUCUUUUUCCGCAAA